CCUCGGGGGAGGAGAAAGCUUCUUGACAUUUUAUCUCCCUCAUCCCGCAGGUAUUAUUCCCUGGAACGCCACUCCGGGAAAAGCUUGUGGGGCCACACUGGGAGACAUCUGUAACACCAGCGAGUUCUACCUCUCCUACCACCUCUACAUCGUCGCGUUCGCCGGCGCCGGAGCCACCGUCAUCGCACUGAUCCACUACCUGAUGAUUUUGGGCGCUAACUGGGCCUACCUGAAGAGCGCCGUGUCCACGCACGACUACCAGGACAUCAAGACCAAGGACGACCAGGACCUGGAGGCGGAGGCGCGCUCCAAGGAGGGCCAGAACUCCUCCUCCUACUCAUAAGGAGGACAGCUCCUCACCGCGUCCUCUCCACACCUCCACACCCCCACCCCGCGACACCCGACCCCUCCCUCUGUUAAAACAAACCACCUCGGCCAUGUUUGAUAGUCCCCCGAGCCCCUCCUGGUCCCCCACCCUCCUCCCUUCCCCAUCGAAAGGAGCAGGGUGGAGAGUGAGGAGCGGCGGCUGGAGGCAGAUGCUUCAGAACGGGAGAGCUCGCCCGCCGGGUGCUCGCUCAGGUCCGGAGCGUCCGUUCAGAAGCGUCUCCCCCCCCGAGCGUUAGGGCGGCGGCUCGUGAACGUGGCCCCGGCUGUGAUGGCCUCGCGCUAGGAGCCAAAAAACAGCUCCGUAUAAAAAAAAAACAUUGUUCACUGUCGUCAGGCAGCGACCAAAUUCCUCCUUUUUUGGUGUUUUAUAUGCAUAUAUAUAUGAAUAUAUUGUGCGAAUGUGUACGAAUGUUGUUGUUUUUUUUAAUACUCUCUGAGAAGUAUGCCAGGUACUCUUUUCUUCUUCUUUAUGUUUUCGCGGCCACUGUUUUUCUUUCUUCUCCAUUUUAGACUUUUUAUUUCUAAUGCUCGAUACGUUGUUGCACUAUUAUUACGAAACAAAAAAUAAAGGGAGGACGAUAACCCCUUAACAACCCCCCUCUGUCUCAUAGAAACAUCUAAUGUGAGAUCUCAAGGAUUACUGAGCAUUUACAUUACAAAAGCUUAUUAUUCUGCCAUGGUUAUUAUCAGUUAUUAAGACCAGAGGUGGAGCAACUUCUUAUUUGAGGGAACUUUUGCGUAUUUUCUUGCCAAGAGUUAGAUUGUAUCGUCUUACUCUCUGCAAGAAAGUAAAUGAAAGUCUUAAGCUACACUUAUCACCAGCGGCAACAAAUCAAAGAUAAAUGGUAUUUGAACACAAAACAGACACACACCUCAGGUAUCAAACCAAAUCUGAUUUUAGCCACUUUUGUUCUUUUGACGCUAAACGGAAUCUACCGGAUUGGUACGCUGUCCUGUGACAAUUAUAACUUUUUUUUGCAAAUUUCUCCUUUUGUGAAUGAAAUCCACCUGUAAAUAGCUAAACCCUUAAAAAAAUGUACACUUUCCUUAAAAUAAGAAGAACAGUGUUUCGCCAUGCUCUUCUAUUCUUUUUUCCACAGAUAUAUGUAAAUGUACCCUUUGGGAUAUGUGUUUAGCACUCAAAUACUAGUUCUGCAUUUGAUAUAAAUACUAAUUGUUACGUGGUGAGAGGGAUGCAGUACAGUUAAGAUAUGACACGAUGGAUUGAGGUGCUUGUGACGUACACAUUUUUAAAUGUAAAGAAAAAAUAAAUAUGGAAGGUU